AUGCACUGGACAAUACAGCUUUGGAUAGUAUCGUUUUCCUUGAGCGUCUUCGCUCUUCCAACCGGCCGAGAUGCGCUUGUUCAUCCCCUGGAGGACCCAUUUUAUAGUGCUCCGAAAGGAUUUGAAUCCACCGCUCCUGGCACCAUUCUAAGAUGGCGAAAUCCCCCCCAUCCUAUCUCAGCCUUCGGCUUUGCCCCGAUCAAUCUUGCUGCUUCUUAUCAGCUUCUGUACCGCUCAACGGACUCCUUUGGUGAGCCCAUUGCGGCUGCAUCGACCAUCCUCGUCCCGCACAAUGCAGACUACACCAAGCUGCUUUCUUUCCAAGUAGCCGAGGACGCAGCCAACCCCAACUGCGCCCCGUCGUACGCUUUUCAGAUUGACUCGGCCACCGACGAUGAGCUGGGGAUGAUCAUGCCCCAAGCAGAGCUGAUCCUGAUUAUAGCGGCACUGGACAAAGGCUGGGUGGUAACUGUGCCGGAUCACUUGGGUCCAAAUGCCACCUUUCUCGCAAACAAUCUUUCAGGACAUGUGGUGCUUGACAAUAUCCGCGCCGCGCUAAUGUCGUCUACGUUCACAAACAUCUCUCCCAAGUCCACAAUCACGCUUUGGGGAUAUUCCGGGGGAAGCCUGGCGAGCGGAUUCGCUGCGGAACUUCAGGCGUCGUAUGCACCCGAGCUCAACAUUGCAGGAGCGGCGCUAGGAGGGACAGUUCCGAAGAUCAUGCCGGUGUUCAACACGGUUAAUAAGGGCAUCUAUGCGGGACUCCUUCCUGCGGGGAUGCAAGGCCUCUCUAAUGAAUACCCAGCGAUCGAACGAAUCCUCUAUGAUCAUCUCGUUCCCUCUAAGAAGGCAGACUUCGUCAAGACCAAGAACCUGUGCCUCGUCGGGGGCCUACUCCGGUACUCGUUCCAGGACUUCUACGGGUACAUCACAGACGCGAAUAUGCUCAAAGAUCCUGAAGUGACACGAAUUCUUGCCGAAAAUGCAAUGGGACAGCAUGUGCCCGACAUUCCAUUGUUCAUCUAUAAAUCCGCCAACGAUGAUGUGAGUCCAGUCGGUGAUACGGAUGCCCUGGUUUCUGGCUACUGUGGUGCCGGCGGGAAAGUCGAAUACCACAGGGAUGAGCUGUCAAAUCAUGCGACAAUGGCGGUCAUCGGCGUCCCGAAUGCGCUGAUCUGGUUGCAGGAUCGCAUGAACGGAGUUCCUGCUCGUGCCGGCUGCAGGACGCAAACCGUCCUGACAGGAUUGCUGGAUCCGCGAACCUUAGCCGUCCUGGGUAUCGAUUUGAUCAAGAUCCUGCUGGCCCUGUUGUCGGCACCUGUUGGGACAUUUGUGAUUGGAUGA